ACACUCUGUAGCAGGGCUUCCCUGCUACAUCAUGAGAGGAGAAAGGCAUAGCAACUGCCUUCUCUGAGAGAUAGCUGCAUCAGUGUGAAGCUGGGGGUGCAGGAUGGGUGCCCAGGGCUGUCCUGCAGAGCAGGGUCCCUGCACCCCAGGACUGUGUGCUGGGCAGGGACUCUGCCGCCUGCCAGGGUCAGUACUGAACCUGCCCAGGGAGAUCCCCACGGUGCUGUGAGGAGAAGCUGUGUGUGGAAGAGGCAACCCCUGGCAGGACACGCAGGGUCCUGCUGUUCAGAGGGUGCUGCAUGGGACAGCACUGCUGACAGCUCCAAAUUACCCCCAGGGUAUUUCCAAGGGGACUUUUCAAGAAGAAGGUCAAAAUGGAGAUUAUCUAAAAGGGAAGGAGUCUGUGCUCUGAAUUUUCUGCUCUUGGUUGGAUCAGAGUGCAAUGGGAGUUAAUAUUUUAUUCUUCUCCUCUGGAGAAGGCACUCAGAUCCCAGUUCUCUUUAGGAUAUUCUGACUUGCCCCUGAUUCACUGCCCAUAAAGAGAUGCUUCUGGUCAGGGCUCCACUGCCAGAGGGGUCUGCAGGGCAGAGCUGAGCAGACAGUAAGUGAGAUGGGGACUAUGAGCACAAACAGGGAUGAAACAUGGGGAGAGAGAAGCAGCUCCUGGCAGGGACAGCUCCAGACAUCAGGGACGGGAGUAGGAACGGAGAAGGAGCUGCUGACAGAAAUGCUGUUGGAAGACAAAAUUCAGGCACGUCCCUGCCAUCCACCACAGUGCAGACACUUUCCUGGAGCAAUUUCCAGGUCUCACACCCAGCAUAGCAUCUGCCCCCAGGGUCGUGAGGUUUCAGGCUGAGUCCUCUUGGAAGCGUGACCCCAAAGAAGAGAAAUUCCUGAGUACCUGUCUGUCUGUCCCUGUCUUUCCUGCCUUGACAGGAACAUUGGGAUACUUGUGUGUUCACAGCAGAGCUCCCUGCUCCCAGAGACACAGUCAGUCAGCACAGAGCAGAGCUCAUGAAAGGGCCAAGGCAGUCUAGGGGAUUUGCAUGAGAAAUUGAAUAGAUUUUCCUCAAAGAACUCUGCCCUAACUGCUCACUGCCUUUUCCUACUUGGACAGGUCAUCAUGACCAGGGGCAGAAGAUGUCCAAUAGCAGCUCCAUCACCCUGUUCCUCCUCAUGGAGUUUGGAGAUACAAAGGAGCUGCAGCUCUUGCACUUCUGGCUCUUCCUGGGAACCUACUUGGCUGCUUUCCUUGCCAACAGCAUCAUCAUCAUCACCAUAGCCUGGGACCAGCACCUCCACACCCCCAUGUACUUCUUCCUGCUCAACCUCGCCCUCCUCGACCUGGGCUGCAUCUCCACCAUUGUCCCCAAAUCCAUGGCCUGUUCCCUCUGGAACACCAGGGCCAUUUCCUACAUAGGAUGUGCUGCACAGCUCUUUCUGUUUGUGUUUUUCAUUUCAGCAGAGUACUUUCUUCUCACAGUCAUGGCCUAUGACCGCAAUGUUGCCAUCUGCAAACCCCUGCACUACGGGACCCUCCUGGGCAGCAGCGCUUGUGUCCACAUGGCAGCAGCUGCCUGGGCCACUGGGUUUCUCAAUGCUCUGCUGCACACGGCCAAUACAUUUUCACUGCCCCUGUGCAAGGGCAAGGCUGUGGACCAGUUCUUCUGUGAAAUCCCCCAGAUCCUCAAGCUCUCCUGCUCAGAUGCCUACCUCAGGGAAUUUAGACUUCUCAUGUUUAUUGCUAUUGUCUAUUUGGGGUGUUUUGUGUUCAUUGUGGUGUCCUAUGUGCAGAUCUUCAGGGCCGUGCUGAGGAUCCCCUCUGAGCAGGGACGGCACAAAGCCUUUUCCAUGUGUCUCCCUCACCUGGCCGUGGUCUCCCUGUUUUUUAUCACUGUCAUAUUUUCCUAUCUGAAGCCCCUCUCUUUCUCCUCCCCAUCCCUGGAUCUGGUGGUGUCUGUUCUGUACUCAGUGGUGCCUCCAGCAGUGAACCCCCUCAUCUACAGUAUGAGGAACAAGGAGCUCCAGGAUGCAGUGUGGAAACUGGUGACUGGAUGCCUGCCAGAAGCUACAAAGUGUCUAUGUUCUUCAACAUAUGACACAUAACAUAACUCAUCUCACUGUCUCCAUGUCACCAAACCUGUCAGAGUUCAGGGAGCAUCUGGAGGAUGCUCUUAGUCAUAUGGUUUAGGUCAUCCUGCAAGGACCAGGGAGUUGGACUUAAUGAUAUAUAUGGAUCCCUUUCAGCUGGUGAUGUUCUAUGACUCUGUGACCUGCAAAGUUGCUGAGGGUGUACUGUGUAUAUAAUUUAUUAAGAUAUUAAACAGUAUUCAUCCCAGAAUGGACAAUUGACAGAAACUGCUCAUUCCUUGUUUUCACUUGAACAUGAGUUAUUGACUGUUUUGACACAGCCAUCCAGUCAGUUCCUUAUCCAUCUAUCCAUCACACCAAUAUCUCAGCAAUUUUUUGGUGGGGGCUGCAUGGAAAGUCUUAUAGUAACCCAGACAGAUGACAUUCAUAGCUCUUCCCUUGUCUACUGAUGCAGUCACUCCUUCAGAGGAGUCCACUACCUUAGUCAGGCACAAUUCACCCUUGGUUCAGCCUUGUGAACUGUCUCUAAUCACCUCUGUGUGUUCCAUA